UUUCAAAUUGGAUUUAUUAACUAUAUACAUUCAUAAAUCCAGAGAAAAAGUUGGACGUGAAACACGCCCUAGGAAAAGUUUGAGAAAUAUUUGAUAAAAGUUUCCUUAGAUAAGAAAAUUGGUUUUCAACUUUUCAAACUAACGUUACUCUCUGACUCUACAUAGCAUAGGGAUGUAGAAUUGGGACGCUAUCGCAAAAGUAAAAAAAAGAACGAAUUAAAGAAAAUUGUAAAUUCGGAAAGUUUUUAUAGAAAAUUCAAGAAAUGGAAGAAAAGUUCUGAUAAAAAUUUAAAUAAGAGUUUGAAAAAUAUUUUCAGAUUUCAAAUUCAUAUUUGAAAAUUUUUAUCGUAAGAACAACCCAAAUAUUUGCAACCAUCCUUUAUGGGUUGUGAUGUUAUGUAACGAAUAGGUAUAUGUAGCUAUAUACUGAUGCUGAUAUAUAAUGUGGCAAUGUAACUUGGCACUAUUGCCAAAUUAUGACCCUUAAUGGGUUGCUUAUAUCUAUUCCAGAACAUUGAAUUUUACCCGGAACUACCCUACUCUGUUGGCUAAGGGCAAAAAUCGAUUUCUUUCUCAACAAAUUUACGAUGAAAUGAGAUGCCCUUAUUUAGUUACCUUUGGUAACCUUUGAGAAAUCAAUUAUUAAAGGAAUUUCAUCUUCUUUUGUACAUAUAGAAUUUUAGAUAUUAAUUCGAACUUUUGUUUAAAAAUUUAAGUGCUUACAGUCCAUUUAUAUAUUCUAUAUACUUAAGGUGUAAUUAAAAUACAUUUUUACUCUAUAUUCUACAUAUGAGAACCUUUACAUACCUACUGAAGGCCUAGAAAUUAAAUCAUGAUAUUAACAGCUAAAUAAUUUUAUUUAAAUUAAAAUAUCUAAUUUCUACCACAAAAAGAUACGUAAAGUUUACGCCGUAAACUCAAAAAGUUCUACCUUAGUUCUUAUUUAAGUCAAUGUCUUUCUAAAAUAUUGUAGCUACCACAGAUCAAAAUAUAUUAAUAAAAAGAAACAGAGAUUAAAGAUUUUCUCAAAUAUUAUUUAUCGCAACGUUUCGGAGAUUAAUGGUUCCUUCUUCAGCUGCAAGUUAAUAAGGAGAACUGGUGUGAUAAUUACUAAUUUUUUUAUAUUCAUUUCCUCAUCAAAUUUUUAAUUUUAUAACUAAAUUGUAUUAUAGCCCUCAAUGUGGUACAAGUAAUUUACAUUUAAGUGUUACAAGAGUUUUAAAAAUUUAUAACAAAUUGCCACUGAAGUGAUAACAAAACUUUAUGCUUUAAAGUUCUUUUAUGAAUUUAUUCAUUUUAAAAGCUUUCUCAUAGUUACUCAACACUGUUACGUGAUGAUACACAUCAAUGACUCAAUGAAGUCAAUACACGGCUUCGGGGGCUUUGGAUUGAUUUGUGAAUCCCAAGAAAAAUAAAAUCCCAAAACAAACGUAAAAAAUAGUCAAACCGUGAAAAGUGUAAUGGAUCAAGUCAAAUAUUUCCCCAUGUCUGUUAUCCAUAAAUGUGCGGGGAAAAUUCUAAUGCCGAAGUCACGUUGGUGAUGUCAUCCUCGUCACACAACAACUUUUAUCGGCACCCACUGCGUCGGCGCAUCGCGUAUCGUUCCACAGACUUCACACAAUUAUUUUUCUCUCUGAUAAGAAAAUACAUUUUGUGGACAAAGAGACCGUCAGCUUUGGGCAGAACACAAGUUUUCUUGUAUUUUGUGAUAAAUUGCAGUGGAUGGAAUAGCCAGGGUGUGCAAUGUAUCGAAGUCAGGAAGUGCAUUCUUCUGAACCGAGUGCUGGGGAUUCCGUCGAGGACAAUGAAUUCCGCGGUGCCACGCUGACCAUCAGCAGUAGCAAUGAGUCACACGCCGUUGCAGCAAAUCAGGCUGCCUCCCAACCCGCUGUCCUGACGGGAAGAGAUGCCACAACACCCAACAGCCCACAGCAAUCAUCAACAGGAGCAACAGCCCAUAACCGUGCUGUGGUAACUGCUGAUUCGGUACGUCCUAAAAUAGGUUCUCCUCGUCACUUCUUUUGCUUCCGCAAGGGACUCUUUGAGCAAGCCAUUACGGACUGCAAGGAAGUUGUGCUAAAGCCAAACUAUGAUACUGAAAUUUUAGGCACAUGGCUUCUUACAGAAAUUAGUCACUGGGAUCAUGAGCGAGAGAGGAUUGUGAUACUGACAACAAAAGCUCUCUAUAUUAUCAAGUUUGACUUCAUUGCACUGAGGAUUCUAAAGAAGGAGAAAAUUCUACUAAACAAGAUUGACACGAUUAUCCAUGGGAAACUUACGUACCCAACAGCUUCAUUUGUACCUGAUAGAAAUGAAAUAGGAAUUCGCCUAAUGUGGAAUAAAGGACAAGUUCUUCCAGCUUCAACAUCCUGGAAUCCAUUUGCAACUGACAUUCCAUGGAAGACAUUUACAGAUCAUCCAAUUCAUGGAUAUCACGAUCAAUACAAUUCGUUGCCCAGUAUUCGAGAGGAAAUAGAAGCUACACGCAAAAACUAUUCAGUUGAGCAUUUUCAUCAGGUUUUAGUUCAACUAAUUAAUAAUCCACAGCCUAACAUUGAGUCCGCCAAUGUCAAUUACAAUUGCAUUCUGGAUGAGGCACCAAUUGUUCUGGAGAACUAUUUGGGGAUCGGUGCUGUGUUUCACAAUAAGAACAAUUUAGGAUUCUUCAAAGUUCGCGGAAAGUUCAGCUUUUAACCUGGGAGUUUCGCUGUUUGAGCUUUUAAUUGCCUCUUUAAAGUCUUGUUGUAUUUUCAAACAUUAAAAUAUGUAUUACUGUUGCCUUCUUACAUUGAAUCAGA